UCAGACUGUUCACAAAGUCACUUCAGUGGAUGGCCCCAGAAGUGGAGGCCAGAUGGAAAUUGGGUCACAUGACCGCCUCCAGGAAGGCGCGCUGAGCCUUGAAUUGGCCAAUGGGGUGAACCCCUAUCCUAAAGAUGAUGAGGCAUCAAUGGAAGCAGAACAACAGAGGGCAGGAAGCGUGCCUCCGAGGCAACGCUGGGUGCCAGGACAUGGGAAGGUCAAUGACACCCAACAGCAGCCAUGCUGGAGCAGCAACGGAGGCACCACCCUCUCCGAACCCAUCCACCAUGCAGACAUGGAGGACGCCCACAACCUGGUGGCUUUUUCUGCUAUUGCUGGCUCCUUGCCCCCUUCCUCUUCCCCAUCUUGCCUCCCUGUGCAGCCCGAUACAGCCAAGCUGUAUGAGAAGUUCACCCAGGAGACAGGUGCCGGAGGAGCCCAUUCCAAAAUUUCUGCUAGCUCUUCUGAAGGAAGCUGUCAACCUCUACAGGACCUCGACACCCUACAGAAAGCACUGAGUCAAGCCAAACAUGGUCGCAAACCUCCUAACUGCGACUGUGAUGGACCUGACUGUCCAGACUACCUUGAAUGGUUGGAGAAGAAGAUUAAAUUAGCAACCAGAGAGAAGAAAGGCUCCCGUGAAGUGGCCGAUGGUGCCACACACAUGCAGCAACCCCAUCUGCAGCAGCACCCUCAGGCCUACCAACAGGUGAAUGGUGGCCACCAUAUGUCCACUUCAUGCUCACAGCAGCAUGAGGUGACUCAAGGCCAUGGCCCAGACCAAGUGCCCUGCUCCAAACCUCCUAUUCCUUGCUCCCCCCAGGUGCUCUCCAUAGCCAAGGAAAAGAACGUCAGUCUUCAAACAGCCAUUGCCAUUGAAGCGCUGACACAGUUAUCCAGCAACAGCCCUCAUGUUGCCAGAUUUGCAAGUCACACCCCACUGAAAAAUAACCUCCAUAGUCACAAACACGUCAUGAAUAUUACACCUGGUGUGAUCACAUCCUCUCAAGGCAGCGACCCGUCAUCACGCUCUCAGUCCGUCCCUCCAGGACUACAAGUCAGCCAGCAGGCUCCGGCGUCAUGUGACCAACACCGACCCCAGUCCCAGGGCCAGCCGCCCCAUGCGUCCCCUCUCCCUUCCGCUACCUCUCCUUUCCCAGGUCAGGGAAAACCUCCAGGCUUCAGUCCGACUCCCCAUCAGUGGCAGCAGCACAGGGCCUCUGAACAGAAGGGUCCGUGGAUAUAUAGAAAAUCUGAGCCACAGUCUCCCUUUGCCACUGCACCUCACAAAAGCUCAGACCCGAUGUCAGAGCUUAAACAACUGCUUGGUAACACCAGUAGCAAGUUCAACAACGGCCCUUUCAAUCUUCCAGUUGUGCAGCAGCGUGGCAUGAACCAGAACGGGAGUCUCCAGGGCCAAAGCAGUCCGGCAGUGGCACGGAUAAAGCAAGAGCCAGACUCUGGCGAGAAUUACAACCAGACCACCUCGCCCGGCCAUUAUGGACUGUCUAAUGGACAACAAGUGGGUCAGCACUUCCCCGGUAUUCCCAUGUCUCCUGGUCAAGCAGCCAUCAGCCACUCCACUCAGGCAGCUCUUCAACAGCACCUUCACCACAAAAGGAACCUCUUCUCCACCCAGCCAUCCAGCUUUGGAGCUCCAGGUCCGCGUGCAGCUAUGGUUUGUCAAAACUUGAAAAAAUGGUGGCCGCAGAUGGAAACAAGUUUGCCAUAUCUGCCGAUCAAACAGGAACCCAAGGAACCCAAGAAGAAAAAAACCAACCAAGGAUCUCCAGUGAUGAGAGCAAUGAGUGGGAUGUUUAUUGGCCCUCCCCUCCCUAAACCCAAACAGAUAGUCAUCAAGAAGACCAAGCAGAAAGCUUCCAUGCCAACCUUCCUGCCUCAAAGUCAGAUCAGCGUACAGAAACCACCUGUCUAUGUGAUGGACAGAGCCCCUGCUCCGACCAGCCUGCAGGUGUCCCCCCUGCCCUCUCAUCCCCUUCUCAGUAACACCACACAGGCUGCUGCUGCAGGCCUCUCUGCCCUGGCCCAGUCUCAGGUAUCCAUUUCCAAAACCUCAUCCACUCCCUCUUCCAACGUUUCUGUUUCACCAGAAAACCCUCCAGCUCAUAUGGGCCCUCUGCCUUCUCCUGUGGUUCCUGGAGCCCACCUGAAUUCAGAAGGAGCGAGCAAUCUGGCUUCCAGUAACACCAGCACUGCCACACCUGUUACCUCCACAUCUCCAUCCAGCACCUCACAAAUCCAGAAACUCACAAACAUAGAUCCCAAGUACGAAGAUCUGAUCCGCCAGUUCGAGGCUGAAUUUGGAGACUCGCCUCCAGAUGCCCCUGCCACUCAGCCCGAAGAAGAGACAGCUACAGCCCCUAAGCCAGGGAAUCAAUCCCUAACAAGCCCUCAGGACCUCAGUCCCACAUUAUCACACACCUCUCAGUCAGUUCCCACCACUCAGCCCAACUCCACACCUCAUUCAGACGACCAGGAGAUGGAAGUCAACAACCAUGUGACAGGGACCCAAAGUGAAGCAACCAUGAGCCAGGCUUCCACAGAGAUCCCGCCAGACGGUCAGCGCGAGGGGCCUGUCGAUCACUCGCUGAACCAGGAGACGUUGUUGGCCAAGCAGCCGCCCGGACUGUUGGAAGAUGCCUUCAGCUCUCCGCUGCCAAAACGAAUGAAGUUUGAAGCGUCAGGUGACAUAGCAGUGCUGUCGACCACGUGCUAUUCAGAGGAGGACACCCCCACCAAGGACGGGCUGCCCUCUUCUCCGUCUCUUCGAGGUUUCCUAGAUUCACCUCUGCGCUACCUGGACACCCCCACAAAGAACUUGCUGGACACUCCUUCCAAGGAUCCGCAGUCCGAUUUUCCCACCUGCACCUGUGUUGUGCCACCUUUGACCCCCCGCUCCUCUCUUUCCUCCUGCAUCCUUACUGGCACAUCUGCAAGCGGAGGGAUGCAGAAAUCGGUGCAGUCACAAAGUGCAGCGGAGAAGCCCCUUAAAGGCGAGGCCACGUGGUAUGGAGAGAAGGGAGAAGCCGUCCGGAUUGAGAAGGUUGUGUACACUGGCAAAGAGGGGAAGAGCUCUCAUGGUUGUCCUAUUGCCAAGUGGGUGAUCCGUCGGGGCAGCGAGAAAGAGAAGCUGCUCUGCCUGGUGCGUCACCGCGCUGGACACCACUGUGCCAACGCAGUCAUCAUCAUUCUCAUUAUGGCCUGGGAAGGGGUCCCCAGAGGCCUGGCCGACAAGCUGUACCGCGAGGUCAGCGAUACCCUCACCAAGUUUGGCAACCCCACCAGCCGGCGCUGCGGCCUCAAUGAUGAUCGUACCUGUGCCUGUCAGGGCAAAGACCCCGAAACAUGUGGUGCUUCUUUCUCAUUCGGCUGCUCCUGGAGUAUGUACUUCAAUGGCUGCAAGUACGCCCGCAGCAAAUUGCCGCGCAAGUUCAGGCUUCAAGGAGAUCGCCCUGAAGAGGAGGACAAACUCAGGGAUAACUUCCAAAGUCUGGCAACUGAGGUGGCUCCUUUGUACAAGCAACUGGCACCACAGGCCUACAGCAACCAGUGCGUGUCAGAGGAUAAAGCUUCAGACUGCAGGUUGGGUUUGAAGGAAGGCCGUCCAUUCUCUGGAGUCACUGCGUGCAUGGACUUCUGUGCCCACGCUCAUAAGGAUCAGCACAAUCUACACAAUGGCUGCACGGUGGUGUGCACGUUAACGAAGGAGGAUAACCGCCUCGUGGGGGAAAUCCCUGAGGACGAGCAGCUCCACGUGCUGCCUCUUUACACUGUAUCUACGACAGAUGAGUUCGGCAGCGCUGAGGCCCAGCGCCUCAAGAUGCAGACAGGAGCCAUUCAGGUGCUUCAGGCUUUCCGUCGUGAGGUACGCAGGCUGCCCGAGCCGGCCAAAUCCUGCCGACAGCGCCGUUUGGAGGCCAAGAAGGCUGCCUCAGAGAAGAAGAAGAAUAAACUCCUGCAGCAGCCAGGGGAGACACCAGAGAAAACGGUGGUCAAGGCUGAGGUCUGCUUCUCUGGAUCCCCUCAACCCCAAGGAAAUAAAGCAAUUAUAAAGCAAGAAAUGAAGCCCAACAUCAAGACCGAGCCUCUCAAUGGAUCAAUAGAUGGAUACCCUUUGCAAGUAACUGACCCGUUCAAUAACAUCUAUCAACACCGAACCUACUAUGCAAGGGGAGCCCCGUCCCCAGCAGGCCAGCCCUCAGCAGCCGACACGGUCAAUGGCUACCACCCCAGUCUGCCCACAAUGCCCUAUGGCUACUACAACUACCCGCCCAAUGCACUUUUCCCACGUAAGCUGAGGACCUAUGAGGGUCGAAAUGGAUCUUUUGCGAAAACAGACAGUAAGCCUGUCCAGGCAGACCAAAAGCCUGACAUCCAGGACCUCCAAGCCAGACUGGCCCAGUCCUCCACCAGCCAGCAUGAGCAAAACAACCAAGUCAGCCACAGUGCUUACACCCAGCCUGCAGAAUACAACCAGUCCCGUCCUUCCUCUGUCUCAUCUGAGCCCUCCAACAGAGUCACUCCCCUCAUUAAACAGGAGCCCAUGGAUGUGCCCGUCAACGAAGGCACAUUGCCGAUCCAGGCUGGAGCAAACACAUCAAGGUCCACCCCCCAACCUGCAGCCUGGCCUGGGUGCAAGCUUAAUGGAAGCAUUAUUCCCACCGGUUGGGAUGGCCAUGUGAAUCACAGACAAAGUCCAGAGGUUUUGAGCUUGAGCAAGCAGCAGUUUCACCAGCAUUCCCAGCAGCGGCAGUCCUCUCCUUACCCCCAGCAGUGGGCCCCCUUCUCUGGCUCAAAUCCGCCAAUGCUUUCUCCCAGCCCAUCACCCCAAAUACCUUCAUCCCCACCCCCGGCCCAUCACCUAGGUGGGGCGUUCCAUCCUAACUUACACCAAGGCUCCACACACCAUGCCUCCCCUCGACCAGGUACGCCCCAGCCUUCUAACUCACGCUCAGGCUCAGUUACGCCCCAACCCGGCACACCAGGCCCCCCCACUCCAGGCCCAGGCACCCCCAGGCACUGGGCUAGCCCCGCUCCGAGUCCCCAGCCAAACCCUUGGCCAAUGGGGCCCGCUGCAUACAGCCCUGGUUUGAAGCACAACAAUCCUGCAGGAGCCUACCCAGACAAGAUCUGGUCCAAGACCGGGGAAAAUCGCUGUUCCACUCCACUUGGGCUCCAAGAAAAGGCCUGGAAGUCUUUCGGGGGUUCGGUGGCAGGCAGCACCCCAUCCCCAGCUCCCGAGGGUCGCCUCUUUCCCGAUGCACUGCAGCAAUCUAAUCAAGCAUACUGCGACCAAAGCCGAGCCGAGAGUGACGUCGAGAGCACCAAGCAUGAGGAUGACGAGGACGAGGUUUGGUCUGACAGUGAACACAACUUCCUGGAUCCCAGCAUUGGCGGGGUAGCGGUUGCACCGGCUCAUGGCUCCAUCCUGAUCGAAUGUGCCCGUCGGGAGCUGCACGCCACCACUCCAAUUAAGAAGCCCGACCGUUCCCACCCCACCCGCAUCUCCCUGGUCUUCUACCAGCACAAGAACCUCAACCAGCCCAUGCACGGCCUGGCUCUGUGGGAGGCCAAAAUGAAGCUGCUGGCCGAGCGAACCAGGCAGAGGCAGCAGGAAGCAGCUCUCCUUGGCCUCUCUCAGGAAGACAUUAAGGCCCUUGGGAAGAAACGCAAGUGGGGUGCUACCGCGGCCGGUGCCAGUCCAGGACCUGGACAAUCUAAGGACAAGAAGGAGGGGCCGAUGACACGGUUAGCCCCCACGUUCUACACCACCUCUACGGUAACUGUGUCCCCCUAUGCCUUCACCCGCCUCACUGGGCCCUACAGCCACUUCGUCUGAGGCCACACAGACACAGACUGAAAGCUACCGAGUGGUGCGGUGGAGGUCUGGAGAGAGCAGGAUGAAUGUCUCUCAGCUGUCUCACAGUCCGGCGUCCCUCCAUCCUGCCCCCUCCACAGUCCACCUGGAGGGGAGGGGACAUUUUUAUUGUUUUUUACCUCAUGUCAGGCAGUGGUUUGGGCUUCAGACACACUGCCUGUGGUGCUCUGCCUCUCUUACCUGGAGAGGAACUCCAUUGCUUUUUCUUGUUUAUAGAAUUUUAAUGAUUCUAAUUAUUGCUAUUAUUAUCAAUAUUAUUAUGAUUGCUAUUGUUACUGUCAAUGUUGUUAUUACAGGUAUUAUUAUGCUGUUUUCUUUAAUGUUAUUAUUAAUGAGGUGAUUGUUUUGGUUUAUAUAUAUAUUUUUUAAUCAAUCAGUCUGAGUUUCUCAGACCGUUGCUUUUCCAUGUUUGGAAAACGUGCCCCGCCCCCUUUGGUAACUUCAUUUCUUUCUCGUUGCCAUUCUUAAAACUUUUCUCCCAGGAGGAGCCAUUAUCUGCCCGAUCAGACAGCAGAUCAGCAUUAGAGAAACACAAACAAAAUCCGACAAUUAGUGACAAACAUUAUGAAAUCAUGGCCAUCCUUGUUUUUUUUUUGCUUUUAAAGGGAGUUCGUAAAAGUGAGUUGGGCAUGGUCACUCCUGCUGACUGCAGAUAUUUCAGAAAGGCUGAACCUGAGCUCAGUACAGUAAGAUCCAUAGCCAAUCAGGAGGGGUUCAUGUGGGUUAGACAUGACUGAUGAAUGGUCACAGCUUGUCCUGUCCUCAGAUGAUGCGUUCCUCCUGCCCACCCGCCCCGCCCACCUGCUCUCCACUGGUGCUCGGCUUCUGGCUGUGGUCGACUUUCAUUCCGCCGCCCUUCAUGGCAUUUGAUGCUGAACUAAGGUGCUCUAACUCAAAUUUGGCUCACUUAGUAUUUGCAGUUGCGUACCGGAGCGUCAGAGUUCACGGCUUUGAGCGUUUUAUAAUGAAUUAUCUGGUUUCUUGUACUUUACAGAGGCUAACAUGAGCUACUAUUUGCAAAUGCCAUUCAAACCAGAUCUGCUUCCACCACAGAGAGAUGGGGCAGGUGGCGCUCUUCAUCUUCCUACUACGUUCACGUGUGUGGGGGGGGGGGGAGCACUUCCCAGUGAGAGCUCUAGAGGGCGGCAUUGGCUGUCGUUUCGAAGGGGUGUGUAGAAACAAACCCACAAGCAACUGAGGUCCAUUUUGAAGUGAGUGAAGCCUUUUCUGUGCUGCGUUAACCACCGUUGGCCAGCAGAGGUGGAUCUCCUACCUCUUUUGCUGACAACGGUGGCUCGGAAAGGCAACUCCGUCCCAUUGAGUUGUAAAUGUGAGUGAAGUCUGGAGGUUUGUCCCGGGCUGAAGCCGCGGAAACAUCGCUGGGACUGUGGUGCUCUUGGUGCUCCCACACACACUCUGGUGCUGUCCUGUUACACUUGAUCAACUGCGAAGGGCCCCUCUUCCUCUGCAUGGUGCUGUCAUCUUUUGAGCAGAGCCGGGGGCGUCCUUCCGCAGGCACCUUGUCACCACUGGGCUCGGGAACCGGUUCCGGUUCCGGGAGCUUUUGGGCAGGUCGGCGGGUCGGCGGUGCUUUCCCCCCCGACAACGCAGCGCUGCGGGCUAAAGGCAGACCCCAGAGAAUCACUGAAGCUUCAGGGCGUCGGCGCCAAAUGCAAACCCUUAGAAUCAGCUCAUCUCCCGCUUCGCGUCGGUCGGGCGAGACGGGGUGCGUGGAAGUGACUCGUAUCUGCACGGCAGGCAGAAACCAAAGCGAAAGCGUGCUCGAUGCCCCUUUGAGUCCAUGGAAGGCGUAACGGCGGCGUAAUAGCUGCGCGCAGUGCGUCCAAACUGAGAACGAGCGACUACCAGAACUGGAUGGAGGCGGCCUGGGCCAAAGGCCCGGCCGGCUGUGAACGACCCUGUUACCUCUCCCACGGUCCCACGGGCCUCCAGCUCUCUACCUCACGCUGUAGAGACACUGGUCACAAUCCCAACUUGCUACUGAGGGCAGAGAGUCAUGCAUGUCCCUUUGUGUGCUCUAGAUCUCCACACUCAUUUUAACCUUUUAACCUGCCUUUUUUUCCUUAAAAUCUCUUAUUUAUUACUACAUGGUGAUGAUGAUUGUCUUUGAUGUUAUUGUUUUCUUUUUUCAUCUUUUUUUAUAUAGCUGAUACAAAUUGUACAUAGAGAAGAAAAGAUUUAUAAAAGCACUUUUAAUCUUGAUUUUAAUGACAAAAAGAAAGAGCCGAUUAUUGACAACUUGAAGCUUAGGGUUUUUUUUUGUUUCUUUUUAAUUUUCUCAAGAGAGAGAUAAAAAAAAGUGUAAAUAUUAAACUAUUUAGGUAAGAUUAUUUAACUGGUGAGGAUAGUAACUAAACCAUGAAUGACGGGGGUGUUUUAAAGUCUUGGACAGCCCUUUCCAACACGUGCUCGCGGUGUGUUGUGUGUAAACGUUUGCUCGGUAACUCUGCUGUUUUGCUUUCAGAAGUACUGUACCCCCAGAGCCCCGUCGCCUUCUUUAGAUCAACUCACGAGCCCAGCUUUGUAAAGACAAACCACGAAAUGCAUUACAGAGUUUUAACAAAAGCUGCCCCCCACCACCACCUUCACAUUACCAUCCCGAAUGAACGCCAUUUUUUAAGGUUUAGUUUAAAACAAACAGAUCCCAGGCUGUGGUUUACUGUUUAGGUCUUUAAACUGUGUUGAAGUGCGACUCUUUACCAUAAGAAUGAGGGUUUCCUGCAGGUAGCGCACAGCUCCGCUCCACUCCACUGUUUUUUAAAUGUAAUUUUAGCACCUGUUCCAAGCAGGCUGGUGGCCGGUCGGCCAUUGACACCAGGCGCUUACCUAGAGCCCCUGCAAGUCCUACUUAGCCCAAAGGUGGACAGCAGGAAGCUGCAGCUUGUCGUCUUCUCCUGACUCCUCACCAGCAAAACGUCCAGUUUAACCUUUGCAAAAACCUCCAUCUGGACUCUGGAAACCAGCACAAAUUAGCGGCAGUUCUGACCAAGACACUAAAAGUUCUCAAAGAAACAUUUGUCAUGCUUUACCAGCUGGUUUGCAGGCUUUUGAACCUCCCGACUGAUUCUGAUAUGCUUGGCUGUGGCUUCACAUUGAGCACAGAUCGAUGAAAGUGUUUUUUUCUUCGUGGCGACAUGGAGACAGCGUUGCUCGUCGGUCUUUUCCACUUGUGUUAGUUUAUCGGGUAAGACCCGGCCUCCCCGCCUGUUUAAUUGUGUCUAUUAUGAUAAGCUCUAGCUUUUAUUGAUAUUUAAGAAUGAACGUGGCAGAGAAAUCUUGACAGUAACCAUUGGAAACACCAGAUUUUAGCUCCAUAUUUAAGGAUCCGAUGCAUACGGCAAACAGGCCCGGUGCAGCGACAGGGCCUGUUUUUAUUGUUUUUGAGCUUCACGCAUGGCCGAACGAUACACACUCGCCUGAGAAAAGGUGUCUGGGAUGCAGUGCACACCAUAUAUAACGUUGACUUUGUAAAUCUCUAAAUGUCUCACAUGUUUGGGGGAUGGCUCUCACGGAGGAGCGCCACCUCCUGGGCAUGUGCUGAGGUGGGUGCUUGUGGUGGUGUGUUUGG